AUGGCUGUUCCCAACUCGUACUUCGUUCCAGGCUUCGGCAUCUCAAGAGCCGUUAUCCAGAGCGAGAUCCGCUAUCAUUGCGGCCCGGAUGCAAUCGUCCGACCCUACACCUUUCAGGGACGCGACGGAUUUCUGAUAACCACCAUUGGACCACCAUUGACUAAGGCGCAAAUCGACGACCUGAAGUUGUCUUCCCUAGAAUACGAAGAGAAACAGUCUCGCAUCGCCGACGAGUCCAAUGUCUUCGUAAACGCACCUAUCCCAAUAAAUCAACGAAUACGACGAAGUACAUGA